AUGAAGGGUAUUUCGAUCAGAGGCCACAGAAGGCCUCAGCCGUCGAACCUGGUCUGUCAAUUCUGCCAAUAUUCGACGUAUUCGGUCCGUCGUGGCAGCCCUGUUCCUACUUCACUACAGCGCAAUGUGAGCCUGGGACCCCAACGGCCGAAGCGCCCGAUCAGCGCUCCAUUAAGUCGGAAAGACUAUUUCUACUAUAGCUCAAGGCUCUUUGCGACGAAACCAUCGGAUACGGGAUUGUCGUGGGAUCCAGAAACCGUCGUACAAGAAAUAACACAGGAGGCGGCGGCGAUUCAAAGCGCAGACUCUGUGCCCUCCGAUGAGUCCGUGGUGCAGUUCCUACAGAAAUGCCAGAGGGUCGCCGAGGCGCUGGUUACGAGAGACCAUGACCAGAGUGCACAGGCGUCAGCGAGGAACGAAAGCGGCGCCAUCUCGUCUCUGUUGGAUCUGGAGGAAAAGGGCAACAAGAGAGUCAGGUCGAAGUCGGCCAUGAGCACGAAUCCGCAGCUGGGUCGAUCGAUUUCGCAAGUUGUGAAUGGCCUUCUUCAGGACAAGAAGAUUUUCAUCUCACCCGAGGCAUUGGCUUGCUACACCGAGAUUCACGUGCUUCUGAAAAGAGCAGAGCAUUUCCCCAAGAUCUUCCACCUCUAUGCCCACAAGCCUGUACCGGAAGAAAACAGCUCCCCGAUCAAAUACCACGAACCGAACUCGAAGAGUGUGAAGAGCGCUAUUCCCACGGAACUCGCCAACAAGGCCCUCGACGUGGCAAUUGCCCAGAAAAACCUCUCGCUCGUUCUGGCCAUCAUCGACAACAGUUUCUGCGCUCCCGCGUUUUACCGGGCUAAGGUCUUCAAGAAGGCCGCGGUGCCACUGGGCGGUCUAGCUGCUGCCCCUGCGGCCUGCUACGCACUUGCCUCUUGGGCGUCGACAUUCCAAUCCUCCAUGGAUCCCAGCACCGCAACGGGGAUCGCGUUUGCCGCGAUUCUAGCCUACGUUGGCAGCACGUCGUCUGUUGGCAUGCUGGCAAUCACGACCUCGAACGACCAGAUGGAACGUGUGGUCUGGCUGCCGGGAGUGCCUCUACGCCAUCGGUGGCUUAGGGAGGAGGAGCGUGCCGCGCUGGAUAAAGUUGCGGUUGCCUGGGGGUUUAAAGACGUGUCGAUGAGGGGCGAGGAAGAAGGCGAGGAAUGGGACAACCUGCGCGAGUUUAUCGGGAUGCGGGGGAUGAUUCUGGACAAGACGGAUUUGAUGGAGGGGAUGCAGUGA